AUAUUUGAGGCCGAAUGUAUUGAGCAAAGUUGGCAGGAGCUCCCUCUGCACUAUCAACAGAAUGGUCUUGUUUUUCACAUCUUCGGCAACAAAUCCUCCCGCAACUAUCUACAUGGGCAGGGAUAAGGUAGAAAAUGAAGAACUGAUAAAGUACGCCUGGCCACAGGACGUAUGGUUUCAUGUCGACAAGUUGUCCUCGGCUCAUGUAUACCUUCGGAUGCCUGAAUCGAUGCAAUGGGAGUCAAUACCAGAAGUAUUGCUCGCGGAUUGCAGCCAACUAGUCAAAGCUAAUUCCAUUGAAGGAAACAAGAAGGACAAUCUAACUAUCAUCUACACGCCCGCGGAUAACCUCAAGAAAACUGGAGAUAUGGCUGUUGGUCAAGUGUCCUUUCACAAUGACAAGCGUGUCAAAAGAGUCCAUGUCGCUAAACGCGAGAAUCCGAUAGUCAACAGACUGAACAAGACAAAGGUUGAGAAGGAAGUAGACCACGAACAGGAAAGGGUUGACAGAAUAAAGGAGGAGACCGCACGACGCAGGGCUGCGGCUGCCGAGAAGAAGAAGGCAGAUCAGGAACUGGCCCGCGCUCGAGAAGCAGAGAAGGCAGCUCGAUCUUAUGAUUCCCUAUUUAACGUACCAGAGGAUGAAGAUUCAACAGAACCAAGAAAGACAGGACGAGAAUUGGAAGAAGAUUUCAUGUGA